AUGAUCAAGGCUGGUAUAGCGGCAUUGGUCGGCUUGGCUGCCUUGAGCGUUGAUGCUGCCCCCACACCUGGCAGCGAUGGCUGUGCUCAGGUUGCGGCUCAAAUGAAACUGACUGGCGGGUGGAUAGACCACAAGAAUGUCAAGGAUUGCCUUGAUUCCUUCCCUCUCGAUCAAAGAAUCCGGACUGCCACUGUGGACACACUUCGUAAGGCGGUAGAUGGACAAUAUUCCUUUACUGACAUGGCGUCCAUUGCCAGUACCAUUGACGGAGGCAAAUGGGAUUUGAAAGAUAUCGACCUCUUGCAGAGUUUGGAUGCAUUUGCCAAAAAAAACUAUCAGACGGAUCGCGAGUUUCAUGAUGAUUUGAACAACCUCUUUCGGGACCUGGGAGAUGCUCAUACCGGCUACUCGAGCUACUGCUACCAUUCCGCCUUCACGUUCCGUCACCCAUGGACGUACCGUGUUUUAGUAGGCAAGGACGGGAAACAAAUUGUCCAACUCGGUACUCUCGUCGCUCCCAACGACGCCAUCUGGGCCGCCAAGAUCAAAGAAGCCAUCAAGGUUGAUCCCAAGGAGCUCGUCGGUUCCACCAUCACGGCCAUCGACGGGAAAGAUCCUAUUGCCUGGGUCAAGGCCUUUGGUGACAGCCUCAUUGGGCUGUCAAAGGACAGCCAGACACGAUUCAACCAGGUGACAUCCCGGCAGGGUGUCGCAGCGGACGGAUCAAUCACCACUCGAGUCGGUGCUGCAAGCUCACGCUCUCGGCUCCCUGUCCCAGAGGCGACCCGGAAGUUGGCGCUUCGAUCUGCUGAUGGCAAAAACACAACCGAGAUAGACGUCCCUUGGUUUGCGAUUGCUGCCCCAACUUUGAAGGCAAACUUUACGGACAGUACAUCAUUUUAUCAAAAUGUUUGCAUUCGUCCACAACCGACUGGGGCCCCUACCCGACGGGAUGUUGCUGCUAUAACUCAUAAUGAUUUCAUCAAUGUUGCUGAGCAAGAAACAGUAGAGUACAGUGCGGAGCAGUUUGCUGGUUUAGCCGUAUACCCAAACAAAACCGACGGAUCUUACGGGAACGGGUUUCCCAAAACCGUCAAGAACGGCAUGUACGCAUCAUUCUUUCUGGUGGACGCCGAGACGGGCGUAGCAGCCAUGCCCACCUACAGUUCCGACGGCUUUCCAGACAGCGAGUGUAUUGGCAAGCUCAAAGAUCCCGAGGCGACCGCGAACAUCGGUACUGGGGGUCCGGCUGGUGCUUGUUUCUACGUUUUCAUCAUGGAAGUUUAUGAUGGUAUCCAGCAGUUGAAGGCGCAGGGUGCCAAACGGUUGAUUCUUGACUGGACCGACAAUGGCGGCGGUUGGGGAGACCUUGGAUAUUUCGCAGUUGCAACCCUGUUCCCAAAUGUUAAGCGGGAUGUAGCGACAUUCCGCAUGACUCCUCUCCUAAAGAAGCUCAUGACAGCUGCAUUUGAAAAGGAUUUGAAUGAGACAACCCCGUUGACCAUGUUUGGACCAUCGAAUUUCGUUGACCCAGCUACUGGACUCAGUCUCACCUCGGCAGAUUUGAACCGGCUGAUUUUGAAAACGCACAAGGAAACGUUUGGAAAGUAUACUUCAGAGUACUCGGACUUUGUUUCAAUUGUCGACGGAGGAGGAAUUGCGGAUCCAAAACGCCCUCACAAUGCUUGGAAUGCAACAGGAAUUCCCCCACCCGUUACCCCCGUCUUCCCAGUUGAAAAUGUUGUCGUCCUCACCAAUGGACUUUGCGGAUCCACUUGUGCACACUCUGCAAGAUUGAUUCAUGACGAAGUAGGCGUCAAAGUGUUUGUCAAAGGAGGCGAAGCUGGUGCCAAGCCAUUCUCCUUCUCCUCUUUCCCGGGUGGAAAUGUCGUCGAUAUUCCCCAGCUCUUUGAUGAUCUCAAGCGCAUCGGAUUGGAGAACGAUGCAUUGGCCCCGCAACCAUUUUUGCAUUCAGUGUCAUUGUGGCGUGUGAAUGCGGGUGUUGGAUACAGCAAACGCAAGGACCUGCCAGCUGAAUAUUCAUAUGCUGCUGCCGAUUGCCGGAUUGAUAUUACGGAGGAGACGUUUUUCCCGCCCGGUGCGUGGAAAGUCGCUGCCGAAUUGUUGAAGACGGGCUGUGGCCAAGCGAAGCCGACUCCCAGCGGGACACCGACGACUGGGCCUGUUGGAUACCCCACUGGUAUGCCAACCGGCGGUCCAGUUCCUUAUCCCAGCGGGACACCUACUGAUUCCCCAAUUGGAUACCCCACCAGCACCCCAUCUGGCUCUCCAGUCGAAUACCCGAUCGGUACCCCCACUGGCGUUCCCGUUGGAGGAGCUCCUGGGUCCUACCCAAUCCCCACACCCAAGCCCAAGUGCACACGCAAGCAGUAA